AUGUCGAACAGCAACUUGGAAAGCCAGGCUCACGAAUUCGCCUCUGACAUGUCGAAGAAGGUCGGCAAUGCCGCCUCGGAGGCUCAGGGCCACGUGGAGAACGCUGCCCAGCAGAGCCACGGUGCUAUCAGUGAUGCCGCGAAGAAGGCCGAGAACAGCGUGCCUGAGGCCAAGGAGGGUGGUCACAGCCUCGUUGAGCAGGGUCAGGAGUACCUGAGCCAGGCUUCGAAGUACGUGCAGGAGCAGUCGCAGAAGCUCUUCAACAGCGAGAGCUCGGCUGCCUCCGCCACCGACAACUCGUCGACUCUUGGUCAGAUCAGCGAGCAGGCCCAGAAGUAUGCUUCGGAUGCCAUGGACUCAGUUAGCAAGGCCUUUGGCUCUGCCAGUGACAAGGCUUCCCAGGGUGCUGACAAGAUCGCCGGCAACGAGUCGUACGUUGACAGCGCUCGCCAGACCGCUAGCGACGCUCUCGGCAAGGCUCAAGACUACGUUAAGAAGUAA